GCAUCAUGCUAAGACGAGCCACGAGCAGGUCUCGAGCUUAGUCUACGCAUUUAUCUAUCCAUGAGACAUCUGCAGGAUCAUCAUGAAUUAUGACGAGCCUCCGUCGGGCUGCCACCAUUACACUUCCCUAGAUGAAGUACCUUGGGAGAUCCAAAAAUAUUGGCAGCAGCGAUAUAACAUCUUCUCAAAAUAUGACGAAGGGAUUUGGAUGACCGAUGACGCCUGGUUCGGCGUCACGCCUGAGCCUGUGGCAGACAAAAUUGCCAAUCACAUUACGCAGUCGGCAUCCAAGGAUAAAAAGACUAUAAUUGAUUGUUUCGCUGGCGCUGGAGGAAACGCGAUCGCCUUCGCCAAGUCUGGACGCUGGGACCGAAUCUUUGCCAUUGAAAAGGACCCAUAUGUGCUGCAGUGCGCAAAGCACAAUGCUGAAGUUUAUGGGGUCUCAAAUAAGAUAUGGUGGAUCGAAGGAGAUUGUUUUGAUAUCAUGAAGAAGAGAUUGGCUACCGUGGGCAAGGACAGCGUUAUAUUUGCAAGUCCGCCAUGGGGAGGCCCGGGAUAUAGUUCGGAUGCUAUUUUCUGUCUCUCCACCAUGCAACCCUACUCGUUGAACGAUCUUGUGGUACCAAUGUCCAAGGUCACGAUGGAUAUCGUGCUUUAUCUUCCCAGAACUUCGGACGUGAGACAAUUGGCGAGGUACGCGCCAAAUGGCAAGAAGACACCUAUUAUCCAUUAUUGCAUGAAUGGGGCAAGCAAGGCGUUGUGCGUUUAUUACGGAGAUUUUAAGUUUGGAAUUGAUCACAAAAGUCAAGAAAAUGAAGGUUCAUAUGGAAGUAAUAGAAACCAAAGCAUAGAGAAUGGCGUCAAUAGGAAUCGUGGUAGUUUUCUAUGUCAGUCUCAAUAGUGGCCAGACGAGUCUUGGCAAUAUGUUUGGCUAUAAUACAAUUUUUUUUUCCAAUGCGU